AUGGAACAGUCGUCUGAAAUGAUUGAAGAACCUGUUGUGUUUUCUGUUUCACCGCACACUCGUUUUGAACCGGUCAAAGAGGAGAAUGCAGAAAGCGUUCUUGCCGUGGAUGGCACUUCGAUCGAAGAUCCUAAAAAGAACCUUGAUGAGGAUGACAGUGAAUCGGAUUUGCAUGAACAAUAUUUGGAAAAAUUGUGGGGACCAGAUGCGGUUUCCUACUUUUUUCAUCCCGUAUUUUUUCGCUCUUCCCGAAACUCGGCCAAACACCGUCAGGCUCGGGUCACCGAGGACAGCACGGAACCACUCAUUCUGGGUGGCUAUCCGACAGGUAUGCUUCAGGGGGCACGAAUCCCUUUUCGAAUGGACUUAUCCCCAUGGUUGUCCGAGCCGGUGAGUUUCGAGAACCUGGGGAGUUUGAAUUCUACUUCUGGUCGAAGAGAAAGUAUCUAUCGCAGAUGGUCCACAAUCAGCUUGGCCAGUACACUGUCCGUGAGCCAGGGAAUCCAUCGACCGAGCAGCGUGUUCACCUUGCUGGACAUGUUGCGACUACACACAGGAGGAAAUCCGGGGGCACAUAGAGUUUGGGAGUUUUUACGGAACAAAUCAAAUGGACUGCUUGCGGAAAAAGAACAGGAGUUGGAUGCGGAUGGACGUCAGACAUUUUCUGCCUUUACACGGGAACAAGUGUUGAAUGGACAAUUGAGGCCUCCCCUUUGCGAUUUUGUGCGGUCCAAUCCUUCGGCAAGCCUGGCCGAAGCCAUGGGUAGACUGAAAGCACCCAGCAUGGAAAAACAAUUCCGACAAAUUCAAGUGAUGGCCAAAUGGGCUGAGAGAAAUCAGACCCAGUUUCGUACCAUGGCCUAUCAGCACGACUUGCGUGAUAUGCUCACUGAUGAGGAAUUAGACGAAUUGAUGAAAGAAUAUCGCGAGCAUGUGAAGCAAGGAUCAGAUCGAUGGAAGGUGAUAACUCAAGCCGAUGCAGAUCGGUUACGCGACCGCCUUCCUCCACUUGAGCAAAGAAAGCCACUUGGACCGUUGGAAAGACCGAAACCCCCAAUUGGAAAUCUAAUGCCACCGGAUUUACCGAGAACGGAACCAAAACGAGACCCCCUAGCACUCAAACCGGCCGAAGAUGAAUCGGAUCAAUCAACAGGCGAACAGCGCAUUAAACCAAAAUCACAACUAGCAUAUCUUCAAAUUGGGCAUAAAUUCCUUCGAAAGGGAAAAAAUCAAAUCCAACUAGUUGGCACGAGGCGGAGUGGACAGGCUACCGGAAGUAAAUCGUCCACAUUGUCCCCAGGCCAGCUGAUCCUCCAGUAUACAAACAAGAGGUCAUUAACACCGUUAUGCUGGUCGCAGCUGAUGGAACAACAGGAUCAUCCAUAUUCGCUGUCCAGGACGGACACUUUUGGGACAGAAGAUGAGCACACGGGGCAAAGUCUGGACCCUGUGUCCUAUUGUCACCGUACAUCAUUUCAAACCGGACCGAAACGCCUGUGGAAGCCCACAACUGCUGUCCCAGACUGA